AUGAAUAAAUAUAAGAGAAAUUUAAAUUUCAAGGAGGUAAGAGAAAAGAGAAAUGAAAUGAAAAUAUAAAAAAAUAAAUAAACAAUAAUAAAUUAUCAUUUAAAGAAAAAUAUAAAUAAGUUAGAAUAAACUAACCCAAACUUUAUAUCAGCAGUUUAAAAAAACUUAGAAGAUUCUGACUAGUAUUUCAACAAGGGUAUUAUUAUAUAUAUUAUUUUUUAGCUACUUCAUUAAUCAAAAUAAACAUGUUAGAAGAAGCAUUAGAAAAUUAUGAUUUAGCGAUUUUGAAAAAUCCAAAAGUUUCUGACUAUUACAACAAAAAAGGUGUAAUUUCUUAUGCAUAAUAACUUAGCAAUUGUUUUAGAUAAAAUGAAUAGAUUGCAAGAAGCUUUGGAAAAUUAUGAUACAGCUAUCUAGAAAAACCCCGAAGAUUCUGACUAUUAUAAUAACAAAGGUUCUUAGAUAUCAUUAAUUUCUAAGCUUCUACUUUAAAUAAAAUGAAUAGACUAGAGGAUGCAUUGA